CCAGCACGUCCAGAUUUUCUGUAGCAGCACGCCCGACGGUGUCAAUCAGUGGCAUCGGCGCCGCCUUCUCUCCUCUCACCGGCGGACGCAGCACGGCGACACGACACGUGCGGGUGCGUCCACGGAAGCUGCCGGUGCCGACCUCCGCCAUCUCAUCGAUACAUCAUCCAAGACGCGCCUCACCGCGGGCUGCCUGAGUGAGCAGCGUGUGCCCGUGUCCUCCAUUUCACUUCACACCUUCUCUGCAGGUGCAACACAAUACCCUGGAAAUUGCACAAGGGCGAACAAGAAAAGUCUCCCUCCUUUCCAGUCACAGACUCGCUUCACUCCACUGCUCGCACUCUCACUCCCACUCUCGCUCGCUCCGUCGGCGAGUCCGCCCGCGCCGCGGCCAUGGCCGUGAGCAACAACAUCACGGCGUGCCUCAACUUCCUGGCCCUAAUCUGCACCAUCCCGGUGGUGGCCACGGGCCUCUGGUUCGCGUCCAAGCAGGGCGCCGAGUGCGCGCGGCUGGCGCGCUGGCCCGUGGCCAUCCUCGGCGGGCUCCUCCUCCUCGUCGCCCUCGCCGGCUUCGUCGGCGCCUACUGGAACCGCCAGGGCCUGCUGGCCGCCUACCUCUUCGCCAUGGCGGCCCUCAUCACGCUCCUCCUGGCGCUCCUCGCCUUCGCCUUUGCCGUCACCCACGGCUCCGGCGCGUACGACGUGCCCGGCCGCGCCUACCGCGAGUACCGCCUCGAGGGCUUCUCCGGCUGGAUGCGCGGGUACGUCGCCGGGGACCCGCGGCGGUGGGAGGGGAUCCGGGCGUGCCUCGCCGCCUCGGACACCUGCAAGAAGCUCACCAUGGAGACCGCCUUCUUCAUCGCCGCCGAGCAGUUCUACCAGUCCGACCUCUCCCCUCUCCAGGCUUUGCUCUCUGAAAUCAUGGAUCCAGCAGAUGUUUUGAAUGUCAGGUUUCAUUAUGGGGGAGAGUUCAUCCGCAUUGGUCCAUCCCUUGAUUAUGUUGGGGGAGAUACUGCAAUGUCAGUGCUUGAGAGGGAUAAGUUAUCACUGCCAGAGCUAAAAGGAUUUUUAGCUGAUCAUUUGACUGUGAAAGAUAGUAUGAAGAUAUAUUUUCUCAUGCCCGGGAGACAGUUAGUAAAUGGAUUAUUGUUUCUGCAUACUGAUGAAGGUUGCAUGCAAAUGUCAGAGCACAUUACUGAUGCAGGGGUUGCUGACAUAUAUGUUGAGUAUAAUGGUGAACAAGAUGAGCCAGAAGAAGAUGCUAGUGGCUCUGAUUUUGAAGAUGAAUUGGAUGAUCUGAUGGACAAUGAUGAUGAACCAGAUGCUGUUAUCACUGCAGAAGAAAAAGAUAUUGUUCAAGGCAAUGUGCAGGCAGUUAAUGCAGUACCAGAGCAAGACAUUUUGGAACAUAUCCUGGUUCCUAAUGAAAGUGGUGUGGUUACUGAAAUUAUAAGCAGCCCUGUGAAGCACAAUAUCAGAGUUGAUGCUCUUUCCCAAGGCUCUUUACCAAGGCUCUCAAGGUUCUGAACUAUGCAAAACCAUAACUAGUUUUGAUCUAUUCAUUGGUAUAUUUUGUUUGCAGCAAGCACAGACUGAUGCAUCAAGAUCUACACCUCCAGCAAGCUCUCAAGUUCCAAGAACUACAACUCCAUCUACUACCCAAGCUGCAAGAACUACAGCUGCAGCUAGCUCUCAAGCUGGUACAUCAAGCUCUCAAACUGCACCAUCAAGGUUCAGACCUCCCAGAAGCAUUAAUCCAGAGGGAAGCACAUCUACUGGGAGAGGAAGUGGAAGAGCAUCAAGGAGAGGAAGUGGAAGAGCAUCAGGGAGAGGAACUGGAAGAGCAGCAGGGAGAGGAACUGGAAGAGGAACUGGAGUAAUUACUGGAGCAUGGGGGGAUUAUUUCUAUGCAAGUGUCAAUUACUAAAGAUGUUUUCCUAGUACUGGAUAAGAUCUUCAGUAAUUGUAUUUGAUAGCUACAAGUGCUAAUAUGUGAACCUGUGGUUGCCUUUUGCUUUCACUUUAGAUCUAUGUGCAUUGAACUAUGUUUCUUUCUUGUCAAAUUUCUGGAAAUGAAAUAUGUGCACUGAACUAUGUUUCUUUCCUGGCAAAUAUCUCU